ACCUGCAGGAAUUCGUUGUAGGGCGCAGCUUGAGGAAAUGGGAAAACGCUCCAGCAACAGGUGGUACCGGAGAAGAUCGAGCAGAGGAAGGAAGUUGUCGCUUGUACUGGGUCGCUUCUUGCCAGAAAAUAAUAAUAACAAUAAUAAAAGGCCCAAGUUCUUUUCUCAGGCAGAAAAGCAGGAGAAACAUCUCAUAGGGACGUCGUUGAGUUAGGAACAGCGCUAGGGAAGGGAGGGGUGAGGUUUGCGCAGAGGGCUCCAGGCAGCGGGAGGAGGCGCCAUGGCCUGGAACUGGCGAUGGCAACACCAAGUGCUCCUUAUCGGCCUCACUUGGCUACCGACAGGUUGCUUCUCCCUUCUGGUGACUGUGCCAGUAGAUGAGCGAUACACAACUUUAUUUGCCUCUGUGACCCUCAGGUGUGACUUCAGUACCUCUGCCCAACUGCAGGAUGUGGUAGUUACCUGGCGCUAUAAGUCCUUUUGCAAGGAUCCCAUCCUUGACUACUACACUGCUGCCUAUCAGGCAGCCCUAGCUCUUGGCCAGGAUCCUUCCAAUGACUGUAAUGACAACCUGCGGGAAGUACGCAUCGUCGCUCAGAGAAGAGGGCAAAAUGAACCUGUGCUUGGUGUUGAUUAUAGACAGCGGAAGAUAACCAUCCAGAACAGAGCAGAUCUUCUGAUCAAUGAAGUGAUGUGGUGGGACCAUGGAGUCUAUUACUGUACAGUUGAAGCUCCAGGAGACACAAGUGGUGACCCAGACAAAGAGGUCAAGCUCAUUGUUUUCAAUUGGCUAACUGUCAUGUUCAUCAUCUUUGGUGGCCUCCUCCUCCUCCUGCUGAUUGGGGUGUGCUGGUGCCAGUGCUGCCCUCAGCAUUGCUGCUGCCACGUCCGCUGUGCCUGCUGUCCAACUCGCUGCUGUUGUAACGAGAAAGUCCUGGAACGACACCACUUCAUGAAACAGGCUCAACAAUUUUUUCCAUGGAUGACACACCACUCCCAGUCAUCGUCCUACCAACUAAACCCAUUGUUACAGCGAGAUGUGUCUCUACAGAGCAGUCAGCCGUUGAUGCCUCCACUUCCCCAGGUGCCCUCCAGCAACAAGAUCUUGGACCACUUUGAGUCUGAGAUCAGGAACCUCAACCUUUCCCAGCCCAUAUUGCCUUCGCACCAUAUUGAGAGCAGUCGGCAUCCCAGCAUCCUUUCUUCCCUGGGCUCAGAGAUUGUGGAACGCAGAGUGAUCCAAUUGCCUCCCAUCAUUGAGCGCAUCCCGUCCUCCCACAGAACUAGCAGUUCCUCCCAACCACAGCGGUCUAUACAUACUCCAGGACCUCGGAGCCACACAAGCGAAGAAGAGAGAGAGAGGAGGAGGAGGCGGCGUUUGUCUCUGGAUGAAGAUUCCUACUCCAGUUAUGAUCAGGAAUCCUGGAACAGACACAGAGACCCCAGGGCUGAGAGGCAGAGGGGCAGCAGCCAUUAUGGCCGGUCUCGGAGUUCUAGGCCAGAUGUAUCACCCAUUUUGCGUGGUAGGAACAGUUUUGAUUCCUAUCCUGAGGAGGAUAGAAGGGAGUAUUCCGGACGACACCGCUCUGACAGACGGUAUCAGCAUUCAGGACAGCGGGCUUAUCAGCCGCUCAGUCAGAGGAGCAGUGACUCUCAUCACCAGGGCCACCGCCGUCGCCAUCGCAGCUAUUCUCCACCAUCCCGCCGGGAGUCGUGGAGUUCAUCUGAAGAGUAUGAGCGCUUCCAGGGAAACAGUAGGCGGCAUUACCAGCAUCGCUCUCCAGACUGGCCAGAGGAGAAACCCCCUAGUUACCGGUCGAUAGAAAUCACCCCAGCCAAAGGCAGCAAAGCCAGAAGCCCCACAGAGCAGCAAUCGGAAAAAGGCAGUUCUCGCAGUGGAAGGAGCGUUGUCAUUUAGCCUUUCAUGUCUUGCCACUGUACAAAAUAAGAUGUGUAUUUUUGGCUAUAAGACAGUGACUGUUGUGCGCAGCAGCAGCCAGCAAAGGAGAUGUUUCUCCUUAUUCACCUUCAGCCUGAAUUUCCUUGUCUUGGGCACUUCAACUCCAAUGCAAUAGUUUGUGAAACAUCUUCACUUUGCUAAUAAAGCAGGAAUGAAAUGUAAUUCCUUUCCAACAACAUCUGGAAGCCCGCAGGUUCUCCAUCCCUGUUCCAGGAUUAGCUAGAAACCUUUUAAAAAAUGGUUGAUUUAGGCUGCAGCCUUAGGCGCACCUUUCUGGGAUUAAGCCACAGUAGAAUUUAUUCCUAAGAAAAUAUGCAUAAGGUUCCACUAUUAGUGACAGUUUUGUCACAGAAACCAUAAUAUCACAGGGACAAGAUGUAGACGUACUGCAUUCUGACUGGAUUUGAUCUUGUACUGAGCUGUUAUAACUUUGGCGGGAUCAUGCUCAAUGUUAAGCAUAUCUAAGCAUUCCCAAGUAUUCACACUUGCCAGUGGAAAAAUUGUGAAACUUACUUGUAAGGGGAAAUGGUUAGGACUGGGCUACAAAUUUCAGUAAUUUUGGAAAUGGAAAUGGACUGCCUUCAAGUCAAUCCUGACUUACGGCAACCCUAUGAAUAGGGUGUUCGUGGUAAGCAGUAUUCAGAGGGGGUUACCAUUGCCUUCUUCUGAGGCUGAGAGGCAGCGAUUGGCCCAUGGUCACCCAGUGAGCUUCAUGGCUGUGUGGGGAUUCAAACCCUGGUCUCCCAGGUCGUAGUCCAACACUCUAACCACUACACUACACUGGCUUUCACAUUACUGGCAGUAAUUUUAAUGGGACUUUAAACUACUGAAUUCUAACUGGCUUCUGCCCAUUGUCUAUCAAAGAUGGUGGGCAAUGACAUUGCUAUUUUUUCUUGUAUGCCAUGAUGCCAUCCUCUUGCUGUCUUUUUAUCUAAAAUACCAAUCAACUUGCUUCAUGGAAGUUCCCAAAUAUAAGUUAUUGUACCCCAUCCAUGGGGAUCCCAAUUACUUCUGCACAAAAAGAUGGGGGGGAAUAUGCUCACUGUGCAACCUAACUAAAUUUUGGGACAUCGACUUGGCUUCCUGCUCUGAUGUAUUUAGUAAGAGAAGAGUGCAAAUCUGCCACAGUUCAUUCAUUGACAGUGCCAAUUUCCAUCACCACUGAUCCAGAUUAUCCCCUGUGAUGGAGAAUCAUCUUUCCUCAAUUCAGUCUUGAAUGGAGUUAACCUUGCUUAAAUUCAGUUGAUUUUCAGUGCAACCUAUAAUUAUAAGCCCAUUGAUAUUUAAAAGAAAAUGAACUGUUAAGGCAUUUGGUACCCAUAAGUACUGAAUCCUCAAAGGGGUAGCUAGUACAUGUUGGCACCACUGGCACAGAUGCACGCAGUGGCCAUGCCCCUCCAGAAUUCAGUAUCAGUCUAAAUGGGUUCUACAAUCUGUACUUGCAUAGACUUCCUGUAGACUGACACUCAACACAUAGCAGCUAGGAGACACAGCCAGUGUGCAUUGUGGCAUCCAAGUUAGCCUGCACCUUCUCACUGCCCCUUUUAUGUGUUCAAAGUACUUACAGUUAUGAACACCUGAACAGAGUUCUAGUCACCUGUACUACAGUCAGUAAGUAAAAACUGGGGGAAUAUAUAUAUAUGAGAACAGGCCCUGAAGCAACUUUUUUUUUUUAUUUAUUGUAUUUAUUGUAUUUAUAUAUUGUGCUUGUUUUUAUCUUUUUGUACACCGCCCAGAGAGCCUUCGGGCUUAGGGCGGUAUAUAAAUUAAACUAAAUAAAUAAACAAACAAGCAACAGUUUUUCCCCAUCUCCAAGCAUUCCAAUCCCUGCUGCUGUCUUUUUGUAAUUGCUGUUAAAGGUUUGACCUUUGUAUGCAACUGUUUUCUCAAAAAUGUGUUGCUCAUAUGAGCUAUGGAAUAUAGGGGUCCCCGUGCCUAAAAGGAGAUUUCAUUCUCCUCAGUAAUUGUUCUUUUGCCAUUAGGAGAGGGUAACUAACUCUGUCUGAUAUGGCACUAUUUUGAAUAAUCUUAUUUCCACUAUCUCAGGUGUUGGGAACCUUUGGCUCCUCCAGAUGUUGCUGAACUACAACUCCCAGCAAAUGUGACCAGUAGCAAAGGAUGAUGAGAUUUGUAGUCCAGCAACAUAUGAAGGGCCAAAGGUUCGCCACAUGCGCACUAUCUGAUGGAACAAACCAGCUUUCCUGUUUGGAAAUAACCAAAUAGUGACGCUCUUUGCUACUCAAGAUAAAGUGCUGAACUAGCAAGCUUCUUAAUCAGCAACAAUCAGUCUCUUGAGACAUUAGAAAACAGUGACUUCAUAUAUUUUACUUUUUUCUAAAAAUUAGAUCUUUUUAGAAAUGAAACCUGGGAUUCUCAGUCAUCUAUAAAUGAGGGUUAUGUAUCCUAUGUAAUGAAUUUCUGUACAGUGCAAAUCAGCUUCUAUCUCUGGUUCACACAUGGCCAUAUUGAUAAUAUCUCUUACCAUUUAAAAUGGCCAUUUGGCCAUGAAAGAAGAACAUAGUACCCUAGUUUAAAAAUACAAUGACUGUGGACAUCUGGCACUUUUUACAGAGCUCUUGUUCAGGCAGAAUGAGUAGAUUACAGCCAAAUUCAAAUUUAUACAAAAUCAAGCUAAAUAAUCCAAGCCUGUUCACAGUCUCUUUGAGUCGAAGGGUUAAAUGACUCAAUAAAUACAUAGUUAAUUUUUAACAAAGGCUUAAGGCAGUUUGGGGAGUAUCCCUUGCAUAUUGGACUUUGCAAAGUUCUGGAAGCUUGUAUUUGAUAAACAAUUCAGCUACUCGCUUGCUGUGUGAUUUUACCUAGACAAGUGUAUUCUUAAGGGCUGUCUGUGCUUCCCGUUAAGAACUUUAGCACAGAAGAAUAAGUGCAAAAGUAAACCUAGCAUCUUUUUCUGACAAGGAACAUUCAUUUCUGGCCCGCUUGCACUAACUGCCUUUAUGUUUCCGAGCUUGAUUCAAGGUGCUGGUUUUGACCUAUAAAGCCUUACGUGGCUUGGGACCAGAAUACCUGAUGGAACGCCUCUCCCGAUACGAAUCCACCCGUACAUUCCGUUCAAGAUCAAAGGCCCUCCUCCGGGUGCCUACUCCAAGGGAAGCUUGGAGAAUGGCAACAAGGGAGAGGGCCUUCUCAGUGGUGGCCCCCAAAUUAUGGAAUGAUCUCUCUGACGAAGUGCGCCUGGCACCAACACUGUUAUCUUUUUGGCGUCAGGUCAAGACUUUCCUCUUCUCCCAGGCAUUUUAGCAUGCAUUUUAUAUUGUUUUAAAUUUUUAAAUUGUAUUUGUUUUUAGUUGCUGUAAACUGCCCAGAGAGCUUCGGCUAUGGGGCGGUACACAAGUAUAAUAAAUAAAUAAAUAAAUUUCUACAAGGAGGAUGCCAGGCUUGCAAGCUGCAUAAGCUCUGCUAGUUCUAUAGCUGUCCCUAUUAGAAUGUGGCUACAUUAGCCUCAUAAGGGAGAAACUUCCAAUGGAGAGGGAUUCAACAUGUUGUCUUGCUAUACUCCCCCUUGUCAAUUCCAUUCUCUUUUCCAUUCAUAUAGAACAACAAGGUCCUGAAGGAUAAAUAGUCUUUCUCUUGUACAUUAUCUAACACAGUAAGUCUGAAAGUUUGAGGUAGGUUCAGGUACAUUAUGAUAUCUUUUUGAGCCUGACACUGUUUUUACGCUUUUUAUUUUUUAUCUUUUGAGUCCUUUUAGUAUU